AAAUAUAUUUUUAUGAUCGUGUUAUGAGGAUAUAAUUACAAAGCAAUUACACAAAAGAUUUUUAACGAGUUUCGUAACUUCUUUUCAAUGAAAAGAACGAGGUUAUGUAACUGUAAUUACAAAAGAUAUGAAAAAUGACAACGCGCUUGACAUUUAAGCAAUGACGCUUAUGAAAUUGAUUCGGUUUAGUUGUCGUUAUUAAAAACAAAUGAGUGCUUCUAGCUGAAGACAGUAAGCGGUUUCAUCGCUGGCCGAAGGAACGUAACAAAAAAAAGUUUGAAGAAAUAUUAAGAAGAAGACGAAAUAUAUAUGUUGAAAUAAAUUAAAGAAUAUUUGAAUAUAUUUAUAAUAAAAAAGAGGAAGGGUAGUAUACUGAAGAAAAGACAUGGCUGACAAUGUCACGGUGGAGGAUGUUGAAGAAGCACAACCAAGGGAUAACAUGGAGAUGUAUGAAUACGAAAGAGAACCUCGUGCGAGAGAUUUUGAAAACGAGUCUGAACGAAGUUACGAUUCUGGUUUGCGUUUGAUUAACCAAGCCAAUCAGAAUCUAGUUUACGAUUACAAUGAUUUUGAUGUCGGAUCAGCAGUGGGCAAAGCAAGCGAGAUGGGUACUUACAUGAACGGACCAAGUCAUGCUGGCUCUGAUAGAGGUAAAAUGAUAGAGGGGAGUGUAUCUGGUCACUCAUAUUCUCAGUCUGCGACAACGAUAGCUGACAAACCGUUCACAGUGGAACGGAAGGAUCAAGACUCCCAUAUGCACAGAUGGUACAAGAAACCGUCUCGAGCUUUAUCAUUGUUAAAAUUGCUCCUCGCUCUCAUAUUAGCUUGUGUAACUUUAUUUUGCGUCGUCGCAAGUAAACUAUCCAUUUUAUCCAUCGCAAAACGUUUAGCAGUCAAGAACGUACCUGAUCCGAAUAAUAAUUUUACAAUCGACAACAAGUACGCGUGUUCUGAAAAUAAUUUAUCAGGCUGUCAGCGGGAAACUUCGUUUGUGAUGCUGUGUUUGGUAUUAAUGAUCCCGCCUGCAUAUACCUUAUUGACGCUGUUCAUCACUACCUGCCGAAAAAUUACUCAUCCGUGGCCUACCAAGCUAGCUAUCUUAUGGGGUGGCAUCGGAACACUAAUUGAAGUAGCUGGCUUGUCGCUCUUUUUUGUUGGCCUUGUCAACAAAGUUAAUGACACAGAUAUUAUCCUUAUUUUAAUGAACGCAGUCUUCGUUUUCCCUGUUAUCACACAAUUUUUUAAAGAACUAAAGGCUUUAUCCUUGGAAAAAGAAAUGGACCUCUCUACUGCUUUGUAUGAGAAACGACGUCGAAGACAUAAGCAAAACAUUGCACUCGCCGUUGUCGCAUUUAUCUUUCAAGUUGGUGGUAUUAGCGGGAUCAUCUAUUUAAUAUGGGGAUCAUCAACAGAAACUAUAAUUAUCAUUCCUGUAUCUAUCAUCUUGCUAAGUCUUGCCUGGAGUCCAAAAUUACGUAAGGUCCAAAUCGACCAUGACUUGGCUUAUGUUUGGAGCGAUAUAUCAGAAGAAGGUCUGGAACAAACAAAAUUACCAAAAAACCACCGAGUUAGGUAUUUCCGAAACAGCGCCUCAACUGAAGAUGACUUGGAUUUCGAUGGUACAAGUAAGAUGAAGAGGAAGGAAACAUCCAUUAAGGACGACGCGAAAAAAAUUAUCGUCCAAACAAACACGUCACGUGGCAAAGCCACCCUCAUCAAUUGCUUAAUCAAGUUAAUCGCCAUCCCCGUGUUCGUUACUUUCUUUGUUUACUUGUUCGAAGUUGCUGAUAUCACGAAAACGUACGAAGGCUUUUCCGGAAUCACCAACGACAACCAACUUUUUGCUAUGUUCAUUUUACAAAUCGUAGCAAGUUUUGUCGGUUACCACACCUCCUGGGUGGGAUGCAUGAUCACUCUCCAGCGUUUGUGUUUUGCUAUCCCGUUAACCCUGUCAACACCUCUCUGCAUUGGCAUUGUUUUGACGCAAGAAUGCGACUUCUUUGGCGUCGGUCCAUGUGACACACACAUGUACGACAAUCAUGGGAAAUACGUUGCUUUACUCAGUGUGGCACUGUGGUUAGGACAAUUUUUCGCGACAACAUAUUAUGCAUGGAAGAGUCAAGAUUUUAUCAUGGCAGAUGAAGCAACUUUGUUCUGGGUGCCUACCUAUGAUGGUUCGCUUUUGGAACAAAACAUCCUUUUGAACAGAAAGAAUGAAGCUACCAAUGAAUACUUCGUCAAUUAUCGCUCACUGGUUAAGAAAAGUCAAGUUUACAUUUGCACAACAAUGUACCACGAAGCCGACUACGAAAUGGAACAACUUUUGUACUCCCUCGCAGGUGUUGAUCGAGCAAGACGACAUGAAGGUAGAAUGUUUGAAUCACAUAUUUGGUUUGACGAUGGUGUACGAGAUAAAACAUUGAAAACCUUCGCCAUCCAACUUAUCUCGCUUCUUCCACACACUGUUCAAGUGAAAUAUGAAGAUGUCAUUAAGCUUGAUACUCCCUACGGAAUGGAACUAAAAUGGACUUUACCCGGUGGAAUGCCGUUUCAUAUUCAUAUGAAGGAUAACUUUAAAGUCAAAAACAAGAAACGAUGGAGUCAAGUUAUGUACAUGUCCUAUGUUUUGGACUACAGAGAGAGAGGCAACCAAGAUCACAGUUUUAUUCUGACUACUGAUGCUGACGUGAAAUUCCAUCCAGAAGAUGUAUCUGCCUUAAUGGACUUCAUGAGUCGUGAUCCUUCCGUUGGUGCUGUGUGUGGACGAACUCAUCCUAUGGGAUCUGGGCCUCUUGUUUGGUAUCAGAUCUUUGAUUACGCUAUUGGUCAUUGGCUAUUAAAGGUUGCUGAGCACGUUAUGGGAUCUGUACUUUGUUCACCGGGAUGCUUCUCGGUCUAUCGGUGUCGUGCACUUCAAGAUAUUUUACCAACCUAUGCAUCUUCUGUGGAAUGUGCUUUGGAUUUCUUAACAAAGGAUAUGGGUGAAGAUCGUUGGUUAUGUACCUUGAUGAUUGAACGUGGAUGGAGAUUGGACUAUUGUGCUUCUUCAACUGACUCGACCUACUGUCCCGAUACUUUUGAUGAGUUUUUCAAACAACGUCGUAGAUGGGGUCCAUCUACAUUGGCCAAUCAAGCUGUGAUGGUUCAAACACAAGCCAGAAUUCGCCGAAGCAACGACGAUAUCAAUCUUAUAUUCGUCAUCUAUCAAGUGCUUAUGUUGAUCUCAACGGUCAUUGGUCCUGGAACUGUCCUCUUGUUGGUUUCGUCUGGUUUACACGCAGCUUAUCCACGAUUUGUGAAUCUCACCGAAAUGUUUUUUGUGAAUUUGUUAGUAGUACUGAUAUACGUGUUUAUCUGCUUGAAGUUCAGUCAAAAAACUCAACUCAAAUCUGCUCAAUAUCUAACCUUCAUUUACUCAAUGGUUAUGACUAUCACUAUUGUUGGUUUGAUGAUUCAGGUAGCAGACGAUAUAGAUAAGCAAAGAAGGUUUGGAGUUGAACGUUUCAUCUACUUCAGUAAUAAUGAUACCCGAAAAGUCCUUACAAGUCAAGAAGUGAAACUAUAUAACGCCACUCUUACGGGUAUUCCAAUUCAAGAAAAAUUCAGUUUCCAGUUCACACCACCAACUGUGUUUUUAUUCUUUUUGAUUGGUUUGUUUAUGACAACAGCCCUUUUGCAUGGCAGUGAAUGUGUUCAAUUGAUUCACGGAAUGUGGUACUUGUUGUGCUUGCCUUCUGGUUACAUCUUUUUGAUGAUUUAUUCUUUGGUCAACAUCACAGAUCGAUCUUGGGGUACUCGAGAGUCAGCGGUCAAAAAAGGAAAGGUCAACACAGAAGAAAUGGCAUGGUAUCAUAGAUUGUGGUUUAAAUUUAGAGAAGUCUUCUUUUGUUGUUUUAAAGAUGAAAGAGAUAAAUUACUUCAAAAACCAGUUGUUGUUGUUCCAGUAGAAGAGGAAGAGGAAGAGGAUAAAAAGAAAAAAUCCGACAGAAAGAAGUCAAAGGAAAAAAGCACAUCAGAAGAAAGACAAAGUUUGCUCCAAAAUGGUGAUGAAAUCGAAGAAAUUGAAUAUGAUGAGAAUCCCGGCUCAGACAUUAUCUCAGUUACUAGCAGCGAUGCAUUUACUUCAGAUGAAAGAAGACAAGUUCGUUUUGCACGAAGUCACAAUAGAAUGGGACGAUAUCAAAGUCAGAGAAGACCUCAGAACAUUCAACGGGAAAGAAGCUAUAUCGUUGGAGACUUGGAUUACGAUCACGCCUACGGAAAUGGAUACAACCAAAAUGGUGUGUACAUUGGAGAUGCUGAUUCAGACAUAUCUGACUUCUAUAUCACCAUGAAUAUCGAAGAUUGGCUGGAUGGACCUUACACAAGAUACAUCAAGAAAUUCAAGGAAGCUGGUUACGAUGAUACCACUUUCUUGAUGGGCCUAAAAGAGCAAGAGUUGGUUGAAAUUGGAAUUGACAAUCGUGGACAUAGAAAGAAGAUCUUGAACGAAAUUGACAGACUCCCCCCGGAGGAGAUUGACCAGGACGUCCCGGAAGAUGUCUACGAAUGGCUUAUGGUUCUCGGCCUGCAAGACUACUGGGAAUCUUUUGAAGCAAAUUCAUAUGCUGAGCCUAACGCUCUUGCUGAUUUGAAAUUGAUGGACAAAAAAACUUUAUCGUCAACAUUUGAAAUCACCAAGCCUGGUCAUGUGAAAAAAUUGAUCAAAGCCAUCAAACAACUGAAGUAUCCAACAUCAGGUCAAAGAAAAAUCCGACAAGCGAAAUUAGCGUUAGAACGAGUCCAAACAUAUCAACUAGCAGAAGACGCUCCUGAAGAAUUCAUGUUCUGGGAUCGGUUACGUAAGAUUUGCUUAUUGACCGAACAAGCCGCUUUUUCACAGAGUGAGGAAUUGCACUCGAAAUUAUUUGAGUUACGUAACUCGGCCUUAGUCGUGUUUGCCGUCUGUAAUAUCCUAUGGCUGACCAUCAUGUUGGCUAUAUUAAACCAAGGAAACAAGCUGACCAUAUUCAACUCGAAUUUCUUGAGCGUUGCCUUCUUGAUUGUCUAUGCUAUCAUUAUGUGCAUGCAGUUUGGUACCUUGCUUGUGCAUCGCAUCUCAACAUGGUUGCAUUUCAUUGCAAGAACUCCAUUUAAACCUGGUAGUAGAGGAAACAAGAAUUGGUCCUUUAAUGACGAAGAUCUGCUAGAAGAACCGUCCAGAGAGGAAUUGGAAGAGGUACAAGAAAUCAUUGGCUUCAACUUAAGAAGAAGAUCCCAGAGAAGAACAAUUCAAGCUAAAGAAAGAGCAUCUCAAUUUAAUAGUGCUCCAAAUAUGGGCAUCGUCAAUGAUAUGUACUGAAAAAAAGGAAAUUUUUGUUAGGUCUUCACUGUGUAGAAAUUUAAUUACUUGAUAAGGUGUGGCAUUUAAUUAGUAAAUGUCAUAAAGAAAUAAUUAUCUAAAGCUCUGCGAAUAAUUUAUUACCCUCGUUUUAUUCUUUGUGCGUUAAUUAAAAGGUGAAAGCUAUUAAAUUUGACAACAAGACAUUUUUACGUAACUGAAGAUUUCACAGGAACUUACUUUAAAACUCAAUCAAUAAAUGCGUAAAUUGCUUUAGUCAUCGAUUGCAUCCCUUAAGUAUUUGUUUUUUGUCUUAAAGGGAAACGCAUUGCAUAAUUUACUUGGUGACGGUAUAUUUACAAUGUUACGUUUUUGUUAUAUCUCGUUUUAUUAUUUUCCUGUUUAUAUAUUUGUCAUCAUUAUAUAUACUUUACUAUAUAUAUAUAUAUAUCACUAAAAGUGAUGGUCACACCCCAACUAACGUUUAAUUUUUCAAACCUAGCCAAUAAAUAUGCUAUUGCAAGAAUUUCAUAAUGCAAUAAAUAAAUUCAUAGUAGCAAACUUGUUCUUAUUA